UUUUUCUGACGCUCUGGAGUCUGGAGGCGACGCAUCCUAAAGAAACCAACCUAAACUCUAUAUAAAUGACAGUACAUGUUUGAGUUUUUAAAAUCUUCAUUUUGAGUUGAGUACAAGUAGACAUAUAUAAAUCAUCCGAUACUAGAUAGAGAGAACACUGAAUAGAUAAACACCAUGAGUGGUUUACUGGAGAUCGUGCUUGUGGAUGCACAAGGAUUGCCUAAGUCUGAUUUGAUUGGGAAAAUGGAUCCGUAUGUUACGAUUCAAUACAAAAACCAAAAGCUAAGGAGCUCUGUUGCCAAAGGACAAGGUACGAAUCCCGUGUGGAGCGACAAAUUUACACUAUGGGUUGAAUAUCCAGAGCCAGAUGGACAAUACAAUGUCGUAUUCAAAAUUUUCGAUAGAGACACAUUUUCCAGAGACGACUUAAUUGGAGAAACUACGAUAUCUGUGAAGGAUUUGGUGGAAUCGGGUGCCAAAAAGGGAAAGACCAAUGUAGAACCCCGUAAAUACAGUGUUUUCGAAAGUAAGAAGAAUAAACCAGUUCAAGGCAGAGCAGGAGACAUUCAUGUAGGGCUAACCUUCACCCCAAAGAUAUGUUAAAUCGUGGACAUGUUAAGGAUUACAAAAUGAACAAAUCGACCGAUAGUACUUCUUUACGAACUAACAGGUGUUUGUUCGAGCAUGACACGAAAGCAUAGAACAGGGCAAGAUCGUUUUUGUAUACAAUGUAAAACAAUUUAUUUGACUUCCAACAUUUAUUGUAAAACAUAGGUGCGUUUUCAAUUGUGUGCUCUACGCAUGAGAUCUCGGAUCACAAUUUUUAUUUGGCGACCUAAAAUCUAAAUUGUGGCGCUAAAUUAUCUCUUAUCUAAAA